GAACGCAUGACUAGCGUGUAUCGAUCUGUUUCACCAUUUGAUGUGUAACGUACACACCUUCUGUGCUCAAACGAUUGGUAAUUAUCAUAUUUAACGCGAAGAAGUCAUUAACAGACCCAACCUAGGGAUAAACUCGACAACACCGCAUCAGACACUUCCAUGUUUCAUUCUCAGUACAUAAAAUCGAAAAGUUACCAUUUGUGUACUUGUGAGUAUAUUGUGAUUUCUUCUCAACGAAUUUAGUUUUUAAUAUUGUGCUAGUUUAUGAAUUAUGGUCGUAUCAUUUUGCGUACAUGGUGUAUAUGGAAAUUGGAAAGGGCAUUGUUUCUAAUCGAGGUUCUGAUAUGUAGCCGAGGCGGUCGUUUCAUACGUCGUGCUUUCACGUGUCAUGCGCUACAAUAGUUCGACGAAGCAUGUUUGGCAACUUAUUAAAUAUGGCGAAAAGAUUAAAUUCGACAUGUUUGCCACAUCGCCGUUUUCUACCCAUGUAAUCUACUGUGUAACCAUAUUGAAGCGUAUCGUAUUUGAUUCGUUGUUCCCUGAUCACUAGAGUGGAACUAAUGAUUUCAUAAAUUACUCCCCUUGUCUGCGAUAUUGAGGCGCGGCAACUGAUUCAGACUGUAAUGUCAUGGUAUGAAAAUGGUUUAGUUUUUGAAAAACACACCACGUUUUAACGCAACUACCCCUAGCAAAGCGUAUGAAUCAACUGCUGUACUAGCGUGUUCACCCAAGUGCUACACUUCAUUUCAUUGAAUUGGACACAUCCGCACAUGUGAAGCACGGCACGUGAAAGAACGUUUUCCACUUCAAUCGUACGUACGUACGAUACCGAAACGUAGCGUAUUAGUUUUCGGAGCACUAAAGUACAACUAAUGACUUCGAUACAAAAGAAAAUGCUACGAUACGUUGCGAUACGGUUGAAGUGGAAAAUUGUCACAAUUCAAAGCAACUGUCAAGUCGGGCAUGCGCCGAUGGUGGUUUGACUUGUAGCCGAUGGUAGUUACUCCGCAAUUAUUAAAUUAUUAUUAUUAUUAUUAAUUAUCAGAGUGAGGAAGGGUUGUUCAUUCUUUUCAUUAUAUGUAGUUGGCUUGUAUAUAGAUAGCAGUGGUUUCUAUUGAUUCUAUGCUGAGGGAGAAAUCCAUCAGUGGAGAAAUCACAUGCCGAGCGCAAACAAACGCUUUACUAGCGAGCAUGCGCGAAGAUCUCGUGAUAUUGGACUUCCUUUUGACAUCCUGUUGCUUUGCCCUUCGCGCCACGGUCAUUCAAAACACGCGAAAUUUUAACGUUCAAAAGACAACAUGGACAAGUUUUGUUUCAUUUCUUGCCUCUAUUUUAAAUCAGGCGACAUCUUUUCAACCUGUAGUUCAUAGUUUCAGAUUUUAUCUUGAACGAUCUGAAGGAGUGUAGGACUGCAGGUAGUGGCAGAAAUAAGAAAGCUUCGCAUUGAUAGGGAUACAGCUACCUGAAAAAUACAAGGAGGACCAGUGUUGUGUCUGUUUAAUUAAAAUAGGGCGGCCAGAACGGUCAAAUUGUUGAAUGAAACACAAAACGUUUGGGCUUUGGACCCAUCUGAUCAUAAAAUUUUGAUAACAUAAGAAUGAGGUCCAUUUUCGCUAGAUAUUUGAGAAACAUAGACAAGAUCUUUCCAUUGAUACAGAGACAAAAAUUCGGGUCUGACCGGUCAGGCCAUUAAAUGGAAAGCGCACUAAGGAGUAAUCAAACUUAUUUAAAACACUUGUCAAUCUCUUAUCUAACUCGCUUUUGCUGUUUUUAAUGUCUACUAUUGUUUUGUUUUAAAACGUAGUUUUAUAAAUUUUAGUGAGCUUUCUUAUUAACACGGGCUGAGGCCAGUUGUUCAAAAGUGGGUUAACGCUAACCCUGGAUUAAAAUUUAACCUGCUGUUUUAGUUUGUGUAUUUCUGCACAUCUGUGUAUUUCAAAACUUCAGAGAAGUAAACUCCUAUCGAUCCAGACAAUAUCUCUGAAGAAAUAUUUCCAAAUCUAUAGACAAGCUGCUCAGGAAGUUUGCUUCGAAUUUUAGGUUAACCAAGGGUUAAACUAACCCAGUUUUGAACAACCGGCCCCAGGAGUGCUUUAUCAGAUAUAGAACACGAGGCGACAGCCGAGUAUCUUAAUGUCUGAUAUAGCACGGACUGCGAGUGUUUUAAAUGGCUUAAAAAACGACCCAUCCUAUGCAUUCAUUGGCGAAGUAAUUUUAAAAAUCAACGUUGUAUACAAGUCAAGAAAAUCAAAGCUAAAGUUUAUGUAAAUUAACAUGAUUUUUUAUCAGAAAUAAAUCGCCGACACUGUAGUGAUUUUUUUGUCUUUUUUAAAUUAUUAAUGAGCUUUUAAAUACUUUUAGGCAUGAUAUAUUAUUAAAAUCAGCAAUCACACGAUGUCAACUUCAGCCGUAAAUGACGUGAAUACAAACAAGGAAACAAUCCCAUUACUAAAUAGGGAUAACCACACUCCAAUCUCGAUACAAAGUGAUCCAAGGAACGACACCAUACAGAGCGAGCCUGAACCAGGAAAAGAGAAUGGAACAACAGCAUCAGAAAGCGUCGCACCUUGUGCUAAAUAUGGAGAUGAUAACAACAGGUCUACAUCACCUAAUACGAAGAGAGCAAAGCGAAAAUUGAUAAUUGCUUCUAUUCUUUGUUUAUUUUUCCUUCUUACAGAAUUUAUUGGUGGGUGAUAUAUAUUAUCAUCAUCAUCAUUACCAACAUCCAGUGACGUAGCGAAGCAUCUCGUAUAAAGAAUAUCGACUUUAUUACGCAAAUUUUAUCUGAAAAUGUCAAAAUUUAAGCUAGAACUUUAUCUGAUUUUUACCUGAGUUUCUGCCAACAUCGUUAUGAUAACAUAUUAUGAUUGUUAGAGAUUGUGCUUGUCACAGGAGUUAAAGCACGUUUACGCAUUACGACCGGUCGGGGUACCUCUUUUAUGAUUGAUGCCACCAAAUGACGUUUUAUCUGGCUUACAAAGAAUUAUUUUAACAUAGGUCCUAUCACUUUGGCCUGAAUGUGUGUAAACGUGCUUUCAACGAUUUUAAAUUUGUAAUUUUAUGUAAAUUUGUAAAUGUCGACAGAAGUCAAAUCGGGAGGUAGCCUCGCAUGGGCUAUUAUGGCCCGUUCGCUAUUUUCCCGUUUAGGAACUGCAUGUUUGUUGUAUUUGUACCUUAUUAAUGUAAUAUAUUUAGUUCCUAAUAAAGCUGUUAAAAAAAAAUUAAAAAAAAAUACGGUUGGCUGGUUGGUUAGUCAGACAAUCCAUCUUAUUUUACGUGCUUUUUCUCAUUCUAUAGGAGGUUACUUGGCCAACAGUCUGGCAAUCAUCACAGAUGCUGCCCAUCUUCUUUCUGAUUUCGCCAGUUUUCUCAUUUCAUUGUUGGCAAUUUGGUUUGCAACACGACCGUCCACAUCAAAACUAUCUUAUGGCUGGCAUAGAGCUGGUGAGUUCAUUUAUUGAGAAGCAAGGACAUAUCAAGGCUUGGCAUCAUAACAUAUCUGAUGGUGGUCAAAUGUCCCCUGUAACAAUAGGGAGUUUAAGAUUCACGUUUCCGGGAACGGCUUCGAACUUUCUUGGAAAAAUUUUUGUUGAACGUUUGCGUUUCAUAUUUUCUUUCUUGCGUCGAAAGAAUAAUUAUUUAUUUCAGUUUUAAAACAGCAAGUUCAUUUACUCUUUAAUUUAUUGCCUGAUACCGUAAAAUUUUUCUUUGCCUGGCGUUUGCCGUUUGACGUAUAACGCGAAGCUUAACCUUUCUAACAAAAUGUGCCCUGCGGCCCUGUACCAAUGCCUUGCUGCCAAUGUUCAUCAUUUUCGUUUGGCCUUAAUCUUAUGACAACUGGUUAACCACCAGCCAGUAAUAACCCACCACAAAAUAUGUGUGUUUCAGAACUACUGUCUUCACUGUACCUAUUUUAUUUAUAGAGGUGAUGGGUGCUAUAUUGUCAGUGCUGAUCAUCUGGGUAUUGACUGGUGUUCUUGUGCAUCAAGCAGUUGAAAGGAUCAUUACUGGUGAACACCAUGUCAAUGCAGAUAUCAUGUUGAUUGUUGCUGCUUGUGGUGUUGGUGUGAAUAUAGUGUAAGUGAGAAGUAAUUUAUGACCUCGCCUCCAAUCCUUUGCUAUGUUUGUGAUGAGUGAAAUUUGGUAACCUUAAAGGGUAUUGGCAACAAAAAUUGCUUCAUCUAUCUUAUUGCUUCAUCUGAAAGAGCAUGAAAAAAUAAGCCGAUUGGCCGUUUAAUGCUCUAUUCUAUCUCAUCUAGUUCCGAAGUUAUACGCAAAAAUGUGAAAAUAUAAAUUGCUGAUUCAGCACAACGUGUGACGUCAUUAGCUGGGUAAGUAUGUUUAUUGAAUACUACACUGAAGCAUAGCUCAGUUAUUAUGGGCCCAAAUCAAAUGAAAUUUUGCAUACUGAUUGUACAUGAUGAGACGCAUGGAAAAACACUUCUAAUUUUGUUGCCAAGGUAACAAUGUCGUUUCCAGGCCCCUUGCGCCAAUUUUAUGAAACAGCUUUAUUCAAGGUACUGAUAAGAAUAAAAUAAUAUCAGAAGUAUGUGUAUGAUACCUAUGCAUGCCAAAAGUUUACUUGCAUGAUAAUAAUUCGAAAAUGACAUACACAUAGAUAAAUGCAACUAGUUAUUCAAAAUCAGUGUAAGAGGCCUGGGAACGACUGUGUUGCCUUGACAACGAAAUUAGAAGUAUUUUUCCCAUGCAUCUCAUCAUGUACUAUCUGUAUGCAAAAUUUCAUUUGAUUUGAGCCAAUAAUAACUCAGCUAUGCUUUAGUUUACUAUUCAAUAAACAUACUUACCCAGUUUAUGACGUCACAGAAUGUGCUGAAUCAGCAAUUUAUAUUUUGCACAUUUUUGCGUAUAACUUCGGAACCAGAUGAGAUAGAAUAGAGCAGUAAACGGCCAAUCGGCUUAUUUUUUCAUGCUCCUUCAGAUAAAGCAAUAAAAUCAAUAAAAUUUUUUGUUGCCAAUACCCUUUAAGCUUCCAAACUUCAACCGUAACGUAUCGCAGCAUUUUCUUUUGUGUCGUAAUCAUUAGUUCAACACUAGUGCUCUGGGGCCGGUUGUUCAAAGCCCGAUUAGCGCUAAUCCUGGGUUAAAUUUAACCUGCUGUUUUGUUUAUGUAUUUCUGUAUGAUCAUUCGUUUCAAAACUUUAGAAAAGAAAAUCUCUAUUGAACCAGGAAGGAUUUCUGGAAAAACAUAUUCAACUCAAUUGGUGAGCUGUUGGAAAAUUUAAUUUGUAGAUUUGUGUUAACCCAGGGUUAGUCUAACCGGCUUUUGAACAACCGCCCCCAGGAAAGAAAUACACUACGUUUCGGUUGAAGUGGCAAACUGGCUUUAUAGGGUAGUAGAUGUUUACAUGAGACCGAGAUGAAAAAAGCUCAGACCAAUCUCAAAUCAUUCCGCCUGCUCAACCGAGCCGGCAUGAAUUUAGACUGGGAUGAAUGUAAACACAAAUACAUUUCAGACCGAUCUCGGCUGUAACAUUGACAUUGGAACAACACACGCUAACAAAAGCCAUCUGAAAAAAAUUGCCUGGCAAGGGGAAUAAAUUGAGAAUUUUGUGGUUUUCGUACCGGUCUCAUGUAGAUAUGUUGACACUUUUCAUUCCUGUUUGACUUCUUGUGUAAUCGGAGCCUUAGAGCUUCUCUGGUUUGUGUCUGAACUACAGAAAAAUAUUCAACUCAACAUGUAAAAGGAAUAAAAACUGGACUUGCCCUGAACAUUUCAAUUUCUAUUGGGUACUGAUGCGUAGACAGUGCAAGUCACGGACCUCUUCUCUUAGCAGAUAUUGUAGUUAGGAAAAAAUCGGUCUUAUGAAGCAUGACUAUGGGUCCGGAUAAGUGUAUAAGUGUUUUUGUAAGGUUUAAAAAAAGAUUAUUUUCUGUAGGAUGGGUUUAGUGUUAGGUCAUGGUCAUUCGCAUGGUGGGGGUCAUGAUCACGGCUCACAUGGUCACUCCCAUCGCAAGAGAACGAUCUCAGCGACACCCAGCGUUAAAGAACAGGCCACAGAUGAAAACGUGAAUGUUCGAGCUGCAUUUAUUCACGUGAUUGGAGAUCUUUUACAGAGCUUGGGUGUUUUUAUUGCUGCUUUAAUAAUCAAGAUUAAGGUAACACAGAAUACGAACUAUCUUUCUUUUGUCCAGGCGGAUAAUCCAUAUACUACUGAAAAUUUUCUUUUAUUCUAGCCGAAUUGGUCUAUCGCAGAUCCAAUUUGUACGUUCUUGUUUUCCAUCAUCGUCUUAUUUACGACAAUCACAGUGUUGAGGGACGCUUUGCAUGUUCUAAUGGAAGGUAAAUCUUUUCAUCGCAAAUUUUUGUUUCAUGUUAAAAUUUUUGUUUCAUGUUUGUUUCUCCCUAGAGGACCAGUCAAAGAUGACUCUCACUGGACCUCUUCGGAGAAAGUUUAGAACUGAUAGAGCUGUCCAGUAUAAAUAAAGUUUGUUUCGUUUAGGUUUCCUCCUGUAGUAACACUGGAUCAACAAGAGAUGAUACUUACUGGACCUCUAGAAAGAACAAUUUAGAACUGAUAGGGCUAUCCAGUAUAAAUAAAGUUAGUUUAGUUUAGGUUUCUUCCUGUAGUAACACUGGAUCAAUAAGAGAUGACCCUUACUGGACCUCUAGGGAGAACAGUUUAGAACUGAUAGAGCUAUCCAGUAUAAAUAAAGUUAGUUUAGUUUAGGUUUCCUCGUGUAGUAACACUGGAUCAAUAAGACAUGAUCCUUACUAGACCUCUAGGGAGAACAGUUUAGAACUGAUAGAGCUAUCCAGUAUAAAUAAAGUUAGUUUAGUUUAGGUUUCCUCCUGUAGUAACACUGGAUCAAUACGAGAUGAUCCUUACUGGACCUCUAGGGAGAACAGUUUAGAACUGAUAGAGCUAUCCAGUAUAAAUAAAAAAGUUAGUUUAGUGAAGUUUCCUUCUGUAGUAACACUGGAUUAAUAAGAGAUGAUCCUUAGUUUAGAACUGAUAGAGCUAUCCAGUAUAAAGUUAACUGAGUGAUAUUUCUUCAGGCACUCCGAAAGGUAUUGAUUUGGACGAGAUCAAAGAGAGGCUGGAAAAAAUAGAAGGAGUGACGGCGUUACAUGAUCUUCAUGUUUGGUCAUUGACUGUGGGAACUGCGGCGCUUUCUGCUCAUGUGGAUAUUGGUACGUUAUAGCUUUCCUUGUGUAGUAACCAGUAAAGGAUACUGACAGCAUGUUGACGUAUUUUUUCAUAUUUCAGAAAAUCCAAGUGAAUCCCAGAGGAUUUUGGCAGAAGCGACGCAAAUUGUCGAAGCUGUAUAUCAUAUAAAACACUCCACAAUACAAAUCGAGAAAUACGAUGAAAUGUGCGGGCCCCAAAAUAAUAUCGACAUAACGGAGUAACAUGGUAUAGAAGCGUAGACAUCGAUCUUUAUACGUGAUCAGGGUUCGUAGCGGUCUUUGAAAUCCUUGAAAGACUUUAAAUUUGAAUGCAGGUCUUUAAGGUCUUUGAAAAGUCUUUGAAUUGUGUGAAAAAGCGAAGAAAGUCUUUAAAAGUCUUUAAAUUCUUUAGUGAGUAUUUGAUCAUACGAUUUCCUAGGUAAUAAAUUAGAUUGAUUGAAGCAAAAUUUUCGCAAAUAUCGACGAAAAGGCGCAUUUUAGGAUGUGAUUUGACUGGACUAAUUACUGUGUAAGAAUGGUGCUUAUACUCACAAUUUUUGGACAGCUGAUUGUUCUCAAAGGUCUUUGAAAAGUCUUUGAAAAUAGGCAGAAAAAAUCUUUGGAAGUCUUUGAAUUGUUUUGGUCUUGGAGACUACGAACCCUGUUAUACGUGAUACAACUACUCGAAGAAUAUAAAAAGAACUUGGAACAGUCGAUGCCAGUGUAGGUAACGAGUCUAACGACGAUAUCAAGAAAGCUGUUGAUUGCGAAGAAUAUAACUCCCUGAAAAAUACAAGGAGAACUUCGACGUUUCAAGCGAAGGCACUUCGUCGGGAAGCCUGCUCGCUGCCCGAAAUUUCGUUCAAAGGAAGCCGGAAAUUUUUAAAGGAAACCUUAAUUUUCCGUUUCAAAUUUUCGGGUGGGGGCUGCAAGCAGGCUAUUCGUCGGGCCGUCUGCCUAUGGUUUUCAGGCAGUUGUGUCUCAAUCGGAAGGGACUUCAACUUUUGAGCGAAGGCGUCUGAAAGUUAGUGAAGUUCCUAGCCUGCGAACAGGCUCUCAAGUUGAGAGCCUGUUCGCAGGCUAUGAAGUUCCUGAUGAUGAAUAUUUGAUGAUGAAUAUUUAUUCAGGUGAUCUACUCGCCAGGGCGAUUUUCAGUAGGGAUCUGGUACGAUAUCAUAAAAGUGAAUACAAUAAAAAUUACAAAAGUUAAUUAAAUAAAAAUAAAUCUAUCACUAAGACUAAAAUACGUUCGUAGACAAUUCUAAAAACAAUUCUAAAAAUACGUAAAUCACUAAAAAUGUGUUUUAAAUAUAGCUAGAGAGUUACUAUUUCGAACAUCAUUGUUUAAGGAAGAAAGAAACUCCAUCAGAGAUACUGUAUCUUGACGCAUACAAUGUAUCUCCAUCGGUGAAACUUACUGUUGUUUCACUAAGAUUGAUAAAAUGAUGUAUAAAACACACAUAUAAUAAAAGAAUAAGGCAUAAACCUUGACUGCCAUUAACAGCUGAUAUACAAAGGGCCUUUACUCGAAACGUCGAAGUUGUGUUUAUAUUUUUAUUUUAAGGUAGUUGUAUCUCCUAUAAAGAUUGCUUCUUAUAUUCUUCGCUACCGGCAGUGGUACCGUUCUGAAUAUUACGGAAGCAUUGCCUAGGGCCCAUACUCCAUAGGGUGAUUUUUUUACCAUUUUAAAACAACAUGAGAUUAAUUUAUUAAGACCGAUUUACACAACACAAGUUUUGCCUAAACCUGUGGCAUGCAACCUGCUUACAACUUGAGUUGUACUGUGUAAAUCAAACACACAACUCACCCUAUGAGUGUAGAGCGCAACUAAAGUAGGUUGAAUGCGACAGUUUUAGGCAAAAGUUGCAUAGUGUUAAAUUGGCGUUAAAUAUUUUUAAGCAAUCUAAUUGACCUGUGAAUUUAGAGAAUGAUUUGUAAAUUUAGUUUAGUUGUAGUUCGACAUUAUCGCAUAAGAAUACAAAAACGAGAAAUUGAAAUGAACUGGUACAAAAAUACUGGAGAAAGGAACAGGACUUUAGUCUCAAUUGUCAACCAACCGUUACUACUUGAACGUGUUUCGUUUUGCGUUUUUUAGCUAUUAACCUCGGGCAUAAUUGACGCGAUUUAGAGCAGGGAUAAAUCAUUCGUGAAGACACAUCAUCUAUAUUCUGACAGAUCAUCCAUUAUAGCUUAAACACAAGACAAAAUAUCCGGUUUGCUUAAAAUAGCGCGAUCUCUCAAUGCUUCUGCAUGGGAAAAUAUCUUGUGUGGCGUUUUCCUCAUAGUGCAAACGUCUGAAGCCUACUGUGACUGAAAAAUGCAACUAUGGCUCUGUGGCAGGAAUUGAACCUGCGGCCCAGCGAUUCCGGUGCAGUGCUCUAACCAACUGAGCUACAGAGGCCAGUCGUCGAGCUCUAACGACAAAGUAAAAUGUAAAUUUCACAAUCGAAUUUUUCAUCAUAUCAGACGAACUCAACUUCGUCCAGUC